AUGGCUAAUAUGAUGCCCGCUCAUCAAGAUGUGUGUGACGCUUUCUGCUCCUCUCAAGAUUUUGGGGGGUUUUUGGACGACUUCAUCCGGACUCUCAACAUGGUUACACCGCUUUGGGAGUGUUUGACCAUAGGCCUCUUAGCUCUUGACCUUGCGAUCACUCUUCACGGUAUCAGUUCUAAGAUAGCAGAUACCGUUCUGUUGGAAGCACAUGCAAACACCACUACAGUGCUUGCACUCACUGAGCUGAUCACCCUCAUGCAGCUUCUGCAAAUGUUUCUUCCAGCUUAUCCCACCGACGAAUUUGAAAGCCUUGAACUGUCUAAAAAGCUUAGGGAUCAUGUGCACUGCAAGUGGAUAGGCGGACUGUUCGGCACAUAUGGAGCAGAGUUCGCUGCAUCUAUCCCAAGACUUGACGAGGGCGAGCUAAGGACCUUUGGUCUUUUCUUGAUUCCUGUCGGAAUCGCCGUUGUAAGGAAAUGGAGGAAUUUAAGGCGGCGCUUGAGGGAAUUGCGGAGGAUGGAAGAGGAGGAGCUAAUCGCAGGAGUGUUUCGAGGUUGA